UGGCAUUGUACAACACUCGAACAUUUGGUGAUUUAGCGUUUUUUCGGCAUAAAAGAAGAAAAUCUGUGAAAUAUUUAAAGGUGCAAUCGUUGAACAUUAUUGUGUGAUUGGGGAAAAAGUCAAGGCACGAAAAUGAGUCUCACAUCCGCCGCAGGGAUAAUUUCCCUACUCGAUGAGCCGAUGCCCGAACUGAAGGUGUUCGCCCUGAAGAAGCUGGACAACAUUGUGGACGAGUUCUGGCCAGAGAUAUCCGAGUCCAUUGAGAAAAUAGAAAUGUUGCAUGAGGAUCGUGGAUUCCCGGAGAAUAAACUGGCUGGCAUGGUUGCCUCAAAGGUGUUUUAUCAUCUGGGUUCCUUUGAGGAUGCUUUAACAUAUGCGCUGGGCGCUGGCGAUCUAUUCGAUGUGAAUGCCCGCAAUGAGUACACGGAGACAAUUAUUGCCAAAUGCAUUGAUUUCUAUAUAGCGCAACGCGUUGAAUUCAUUGAGAAUCCUAAGGAUGCGAAGCCUGUAGAUGAUCGCCUCGAGGGCAUUGUGAAUCGUAUGAUUCAACGCUGCCUGGACGACAAUCAGUAUCGUCAGGCCUUGGGCAUUGCGCUGGAAACGCGUCGCAUGGACAUCUUCGAGACGUCGAUCAUGAAAUCCGACGAUGUCCGCGGAAUGUUGGCCUAUGCCUACAAUGUGACCAUGUCCUUGCUACAGAAUCGCGGAUUCCGCAAUCAGGUGCUGCGCUGCCUGGUCGGACUGUAUCGUGAUCUGGGCGUGCCCGACUAUGUGAACAUGUGUCAAUGCUUGAUCUUUCUGGAGGAUCCAUUGGCCGUUGCCGAAAUGCUAGAUAAGCUCACACGCUCCUCCAUCGAAGCCAACAAUCUGAUGGCCUAUCAAAUCGCCUUCGAUCUUUACGAGUCGGCAACACAAGAAUUCCUGGGCAAUGUGCUGCAGGCCCUCAAGGAUACGGCGCCCAUCCCAACCGCUUUGCCCAGCACAUUUAAACCACAGGGCACCACAGCUGGUGGCACUGAUGCUGCCGCCAAAUCCGACGAUGAGAAGGCCAAAUUACUUAGCGACGAGAGCAGUGACGAUAAAGAAGGCGAUGCGAAGAUCGAGCGUACCAUCGAUUCCCUCAACGACAUGGAGAAGCUGCAUCAGAAGAACAUUGAGAAGCUGAUUUCGAUAUUGUCCGGUGAGGUGUCCAUUGAUCUGCAGCUGCAGUUCCUCAUACGCAGCAAUCACGCCGAUCUGCAGGUGCUACGCGGCACCAAGGAAGCCGUCCGUGUCUCCAUUUGCCACACGGCGACGGUCAUCGCUAAUGCUUAUAUGCAUAGUGGCACCACCUCCGAUCAGUUCCUGCGCGAUAAUCUCGAUUGGUUGGCACGUGCCACGAAUUGGGCCAAGUUGACAGCGACCGCUUCACUGGGUGUCAUUCAUCGCGGGCAUGAGAAGGAUUCGCUGGCGCUGAUGCAGAGCUAUCUGCCCAAGGAGGCGGGUCCGAGCUCUGGUUACUCUGAGGGUGGUGCUCUUUACGCUUUGGGUCUGAUUCAUGCGAAUCAUGGCGCCAAUAUCAUUGACUAUCUGCUGCAACAGUUGAAAGAUGCCCAGAACGAGAAUGUCCGCCACGGUGGCUGCCUGGGUUUGGGUCUGGCCGGCAUGGGCACCCAUCGUCAGGAUCUGUACGAACAGUUGAAGUUCAAUUUGUAUCAGGAUGAUGCGGUCACUGGCGAAGCGGCUGGCAUUGCCAUGGGCAUGGUUAUGUUGGGCUCGAAGAAUGCUCAGGCCAUUGAGGAUAUGGUGUCGUAUGCGCAGGAGACGCAACACGAGAAGAUCCUUCGAGGCCUGGCCGUUGGCAUUUCGUUGACCAUGUUCUCGCGCCUCGAAGAGGCAGAUCCCCUCGUUACCAGCCUCUCUACGGACAAGGAUCCCGUGCUGCGUCGCUCCGGCAUGUACACCCUCGCAAUGGCCUACAAUGGCUCUGGGAGCAACAAGGCCAUUCGUAAGCUCCUUCACGUUGCCGUCUCCGAUGUCAAUGAUGAUGUGCGCCGCGCUGCAGUCACCGCCAUUGGUUUCAUACUCUUCCGCACACCGGAACAGUGUCCAUCGGUUGUUAGUCUGCUCGCCGAGUCCUAUAAUCCGCAUGUGCGUUAUGGUGCCGCCAUGGCGUUGGGCAUUGCCUGCGCCGGCACCGGUCUGCGCGAGGCUAUUGCGCUCCUCGAACCGAUGGUCAAGUUCGAUCCGGUGAAUUUUGUGCGUCAGGGCGCAUUGAUUGCAUCCGCCAUGAUCCUCAUACAGCACACGGAUCAGAGCUGCCCCAAGAGCACCUUCUUCCGUCAGCUGUACGCCGAGGUCAUCAGCAACAAGCACGAGGAUGUCAUGGCCAAAUAUGGAGCUAUUCUGGCUCAAGGCAUCAUCGAUGCUGGCGGUCGCAAUGCGACGCUCUCGCUGCAAUCCCGCACUGGACACACCAAUCUGCAGGCUGUUGUUGGCAUGUUGGCCUUCACCCAGUACUGGUACUGGUUCCCAUUGGCUCACACGCUAUCGUUGGCCUUCACACCGACCUGUGUCAUCGGUCUCAAUUCGGAUCUGAAGAUGCCCAAAAUGGAGUACAGAUCGGCGGCGAAGCCAUCGUUAUACGCAUAUCCAGCGCCGCUGGAGGAGAAGAAAAGCGAGGAGCGUGAGAAGGUGGCUACAGCUGUGCUCUCUAUUGCUGCCCGGCAAAAGCGCCGCGAGAAUGUCGACAAGAAGGAGGAUGAGAAGAUGGAUGUAGAUGAGGAUAGCAAGGAGAGCGGCGUUGCUGGCAGCAAAAAGGAUGAGGAGAAAUCUGAAACGACGGCGGCAGCCAAGACAGAAGAGAAGCCCACCGUUGAGGAGACCAAGCCCAAGAAGAAGGAAGAGAAGGAGCAGAAGAAGAAGACAGAUGAUGAGAAGGACAAGGACAAGGAAGCGCCGAGCACCAGUGCAGCAAGUUCUGCGGACAAAGAGAAGGAGAAGAAGGAAAAGAAAGAGCCGGAGCCGAACUUUGAAAUCCUCCAGAAUCCAGCACGUGUUCUUCGCCAGCAACUGAAGAUCCUUAGCGUCAUCGAUGGCCAGCACUUUGAGCCCAUGAAGGAUGUCACAAUCGGUGGCAUCAUCGUAUUCCAGCACACGGGCAAGGCUGAGGAUCAGGAACUGGUUGAACCUGUCGCCGCUUUCGGGCCAAUGAACGAUGAUGAGAAGGAGCCCGAGCCGCCAGAGCCAUUCGAAUACAUUGAGGAUUAAAUGAUGGGCAUGUUAUUCGUCAUUAUCUAAGUGAAUCCCCCUCUUUUGAUUUUCAAUACAUGUAUUUUCCCCCCAAAAAUUUACUAAAACGAACACAAACAAAAAAUACACAAACGUAAUGCUAAUCCAUAAAUAAAUAAUAAAUGUUCAUCACUCAUGAUGUAAAAUUA